UUUCACUCCCUCGACGAGUCCGUCACUCUCACAAAAAUCCUUCCUUUCUUCAAAAGGCCAAACUCCCCGCUUUCUCCUCCCUUUAAAAAUAAAAGGAAAAUAUCUUUCACCAAACCCCCCAUUUCCUUCCUCUCUCCAUCUAACCCCCAUUUCCUUUCCUUUCCUUGCUGUCGUCUUUUCCGCCCAAAAAUGGAAGCCUCCCCAGCUCUCUCUCGCAUAGGCCUGGCAGGCCUAGCGGUCAUGGGCCAAAAUCUGGCCCUAAACGUCGCCGAAAAAGGCUUCCCAAUCUCCGUCUACAACCGCACCACCUCCAAAGUCGACGAAACUGUCCAGCGAGCCCAGGAGGAAGGGCAGCUUCCACUCUUCGGCCAGUACUCCCCUCGCGAAUUCGUCCUCUCAAUCCAAAGGCCCAGAUCUGUCGUCAUCUUAGUCAAAGCCGGUUCACCCGUCGAUCAAACCAUCGCCGCUUUAUCUGACCACAUGGAACCUGGCGACUGCAUCAUCGACGGUGGUAACGAGUGGUAUGAAAACACUGAGAGAAGAAUCCAAGAAGUUUCCAAUAAGGGUCUUCUUUAUCUCGGUAUGGGCGUUUCCGGUGGCGAAGAAGGGGCACGUAAUGGCCCAUCGUUGAUGCCCGGUGGAUCUCACCAAGCGUAUUCGAAUAUCAAAGACAUACUUGAAAAGGUGGCGGCCCAAGUCGAAGAUGGACCUUGCGUCACUUACAUUGGCGAAGGAGGAUCAGGUAAUUUCGUUAAAAUGGUUCAUAAUGGAAUCGAAUACGGUGAUAUGCAGUUAAUUUCUGAAGCUUAUGAUGUUCUUAAACAUGUUGGGGGGCUUACGAAUGAUGAAUUGACGGAGAUUUUUUCGGAAUGGAAUAGGGGAGAGCUUGAAAGUUUCUUAAUUGAGAUAACAUCUGAUAUAUUUAGAGUUAAGGACGAGUUGGAAGAUGGGUAUUUGGUGGAUAAGAUUUUGGAUAAGACUGGGAUGAAAGGGACUGGGAAAUGGACUGUGCAGCAAGCUGCUGAGUUAUCUGUUGCUGCUCCUACUAUUGCUGCUUCAUUGGAUUGUAGGUAUUUGAGUGGAUUGAAGGAGGAGAGGGAGAAUGCAGCUGGGGUUUUGAAAGAAGCUGGGUUGAAAGAGGAAGUUGGAAGUUUAGCACAGGGGAUUGAUAAGAAAAGAUUGAUUGAUGAUGUUAGGCAAGCCUUGUACGCUUCAAAGAUAUGCAGUUAUGCCCAAGGGAUGAAUUUGUUAAGAGCUAAGAGUGUGGAAAAAGGGUGGAAUUUGAAUUUGGGAGAGUUGGCUAGGAUUUGGAAAGGUGGGUGUAUUAUAAGGGCUGUGUUUUUGGAUAGGAUCAAGAAGGCUUACCAGAGGAAUCCCAAUUUGGCUAGCUUGGUUGUGGACCCUGAGUUUGCUAGGGAGAUGGUUCAGAGGCAGGCGGCUUGGCGGAGAGUUGUGGGGUUGGCUAUCUCUGCUGGGAUUAGCACUCCAGGAAUGUGCGCAAGUCUUGCCUAUUUUGAUACCUAUAGGCGUGCAAGGCUCCCAGCCAACCUUGUGCAGGCACAGAGGGACUUGUUUGGGGCGCAUACCUAUGAGAGGACUGAUCGUCCAGGGGCAUUUCAUACGGAGUGGACAAAGCUUGCUCAUGGGAUAAACUGGUAAUUGGAUCCCACCCGUGACUCUUGAAUCAGCUGCAAAUAGAAUGGGGCAAGAACCUUUUGAACCAGAUGCAAAUAGAAUGGGGCAAGAACCUGUCGUGUUCGUUGCCUGGAGCAAUGUUUUAAUCCUAGUCAUGUAGUUCUUACAUGGAAAAUUUGUGGUGUCCAUCUCUAGGAGUUUAAUUUGAUGUUAAACAAAGCUAUCGGAGUUGUGAAUCUCUUUUGCCUGAAUAUGGCCACUAUGGAGUUCUCAUAAAGUUUUGCGAGAAGCUGUAUCUGGUAGAUCUUCUGCAAUGAAAAAGGAACAAGGAAAACUUCAUUGAAAAUGCAUAUGUUUGACAAAGGUCUCUCAACUUCUUUUUCAAUCGGUCAAAAUGAACGAUGAAACACUUACAAGCUUUUACCUUCUCAUGUUUCUGGUUUGAUGAUAACUUUGUUUUCAUGUUAAGUGCCCCGUAGCUUUCACAUUCUUGGAAACUGCCCUCUGCUUCGAAGAGAGGAAUUGCACUUGUUAUAAUUUGCUGUCUUAUGUGUAUGUACUGACAAGUCAUAUGUUAUAGCCAAAGCACCAAGGUGCACCUCUUUUUAGUGAUACUCA